AUGGUCAGUGACCUCCACAUCGAACUCGUCAAUGACUCCCGAGAGCCCUUGUCGCCGGGACGUGGGGAGCCGAAGCAGGCACCCGGACUACAGGCGCAACGAGAGUUUCAAACGAAACGAGGAUUGAAGGGUGACAACGAUAGCGGUCCAGGUAUUCCAGGUGACUACGUUAACAUGCUUCAUAUUGUCCUGGUGGGCUUCCUGGUUCUACAUGUGGCUGCUUUGCUUUCUGAGCUUGUGGCGAUGUUCAACUUUCUUUGUGGAGCCAACUACAGCAUGAUGUGUGCCAUGGUGUGCAGCCAUGCCGCCUGGCGAGCUGAACUCACACAUGUCCAAUGCAGGCUUCUGCCUUUGAAGUCUCAGAAAUGGUACUGGAAGGCGAUUCUGUGGAUUCCACUGGGCCUUUUCCAGGGCAUCAUUUUCUACUUAGCCUGGGACAACUAUUUGGAACGCCAGGACAGCGAUGAGGAACCGGAGACUAACAGUAAUGGCUGGAACCGCUUUCACUGUAAGGCGAUUUGUGCCUUGUGCGAAGGCUUACCGGCGAUCACUGUGAUCACCUGUGCCUGGUGUAGUGUGAACUCACCACCAGAUGAUCCCUUGAUGAGGGAGACGUGGCCCUAUGAGAAAGAACUUAUGCGAUUUCUUGGUUUCAUCCUGUUCCUAUCAACUGGAUUUGGCAUCAUGGAGUUGGACUUUUGCUGUUCCAACAAAGUGGCCAAGAAGAUUCAGUCUCGCUACUACGAAGUCAUCCACCUCCUUUUUCGAGUCAGUGAAGUUGUAAGCCGGACGCUGAUGCACGUGAUGUUUGUGGUCACUACUAGACGGAUCACUUUUUGGUGGUGGAGCCCUGCCGCCUCGAAUCUGCUUUUAUCUUUCUUGGUGACCUGCUACUUCGGAGGUGAUGAGAAACGCAUCUUGGUACGCCUAUUGUCUUGCGUCCCAUGCAUGUGGGUGAACAUAUUCUUCUUUGUGGACUCGCCAUACAAGCGAAGAGCAGCCAAGAGUAUAUCGACGUGGUUUGACCUGAGAUUUUUGCUCGAAGUCUUCCUGAUGCCCAUGACCAUUUGCUGCAUCGUCGCCUCUAAAGAUUCCUGGGAUGAUUUGCACAUGAUCAUCAGCACGCAUCAGGUAAUGUGUGGUUCGCUGGUUCUGAGCCUUUUCAUCUAUUUUUGCCUUUGGAUUUUCAUGCAAUUCCGAGUGAUUUGGGAGAUCGACCUCAUUGAUAUCUUUACAGCCAGUGAAAGGGGUCACCUGGAGAGAUUGAAAGAUGCCUUAGAGACCUUGGUGUCGGAGGUCCGGGAACUCACCCGGAGCAGUUCGGUCGAAAUUGAUCUCAACAAGCCGGAUGUGGAUGGCAACACCCUGUUGAUGCUGGCAGCCUGGCAAGGUCAUGCAGAUGUUUGUGAUUUCCUGGUGAAACAGGGCGCCUUCAUCAGCAUUACCCACAAGGGUGCGAAAAACUGUCGGAAUUGGAACACGGCCACAUGGCAGGAUUGGACUGCGCUUCAUAUGGCAGCUAGGCAUGGCAAGGAUGAGGUCAUCAAAGUGCUGAUCGACAAUGGAGCGUUGAAGGAAGAUCGGCAUUAUUUGGAUAAAAGAGGGCAGACUCCCUUGCAUGUGGCCGUUGCUGCCAAGCAAGUGGAAGCGGCUGACCUGCGUGGACGGACGCCUUUGGACUUGGCCAACGCCCAGCUCCGGGAGGUUCUGCAUGCCGAGAUCCGGCCCAACGAGUCUCGACGACAGUCCACCGUCUCCACGCUAAGCUGUCCAAGACUCUACAGUCAGAGUCGGAGGCGCGGAUCCUCCUUCACGGUGGGGGACUGGCGCUCCGUGCCGCUCCACAUCUCUCGAAAACGUGUACAGUUGGCAGCGCCGGGGCUGUGUUCGUACGUUGCGGCCUCCUGCGGCGGUGCUUUGGGAAGGCUUUGUUUGGCUGAGGCGCCAGAGGAGAAUGUGGUUGAGAACCCUGCGAUCUCCUUGGAGGAUUUGGAGCCCAUCACCGCCAACGGCGAGAAAUGCAGCGCCACUCAAGCGCUGAUUGGAGAAGGUGCAGGUGGCCGCGUGUUCCGCGCGAAGCACCGGCUGCAGAGCUCGCCGUACUACGCGGUGAAGGUCUUCCGCAGCAACUCUGGCAGCGCCGAUCGGGGCGUCCCACCUGAGGUAGCCCGAGAAUGCGAGGCCGACCUUUACACCUUGGUGAUGGAGUUUUGCCCAAGUAACCUCUUCCGACAAAUCUUGCAAGCCAAAGAGCAUGCAUUUACAUCAGGUUCCGGCUAUCUUCCACCAGCUCAAACUUUGAAUUGGCUGGGUCAAAUCUUCCUGGGACUGGAGCACAUGCAUCACAGGCUCAACAUUCUAUUCCGGGAUCUGAAGCCGGAGAACGUCAUGAUCGACCAGACAUUGUGUGCCAAGUUGGCGGACUUUGGUGCGGGUCGCUUCGGUGCAUCGGCUGGGAACUUCUCCUUUGGUCAUCCGGCAGGAACAGUGGGCUACUGUGCACCAGAGGUCUUGUAUGGACAUCCACAUGAUGAAGGUGCAAAAGAUGUGCAAAGUGUUGUUUUUUUAGAAAACAUUACAUGGAGCACGUAG